GGAUGCUUCUAAAGACGCGCGGGAAUUACUGCCUUGUACUAUGCUGGUGACCCAUAGUGUAUUAGCUCCAUAUGUGCAGAAAAAGGGGAUAAUCGGUGUAUGGGACAGCUAUAAAGAUGGAAAGUCACCACAACUUGCUCAUCGCAUCAAUUCUGUCGCAGUUUGCCCAACACUUCCAUAUAAAUACGGUCUUCCUGAUGGUUACCAUGUCAAUCUUUACAAAUGUUCUGGAGACAGACGUUUCCGUAAACUGAGUGGUUUUUCAGGACGAGUGAUUUGUUGUAACUUCCGAAAUGAUGGGAAGAUGAUUAUCGUCGGCGAGGAAGGAGGUACUCUGCGUAUGUGCACUACAGACAAGAAUAAGUUUCAUUUACGAAAGCUGAAAGCUCACCAAGGCUCAGUCGUGGCAGCUUCGUUUUUGUAUGAUGGAUUGCGUGCUGCUAGCCUUGGAUCGGAUGGAAAGGCGCGCAUUUGGGAUGUUACACUUGGUUCUCCACUUGGUAGCUACUCUGUUAAUGUGGGGAAGGAAGUUGCUCAUUCUAUGGUAACAGGUAGAGUCAACAAUAAUCUCUUAUGCUUCGGUGAUCUUAAUGGCAGUGUUGUUAUUUGUGAUGUUCGUGAGCCAAAUCCUGUCAACAAAAUCUCGGUUCCAAAGGCUGUCUCAUCCCUUUCAUUUAACAAAACAGACAAGAUUUUAGCUGUCGGAGCUGGUUCAGUUGUACAGUCAUGGGACUUUUCUGCUCAGAAGUUUCUUGACUAUGGGACGAGUGGAGGUUUGCAUCUUCAUUACAAAAUUAUCACUGGUUUAUUCAUCGAAUAUCAUCCAAUCACAGAUGAAGAAAUUCUUCUCUCUGUUUCCCUGGACAAGCUGGUAAAGUUUACUGAUUUGCAGAAUGGCAAGGAGAUCUAUCAGCUUCAGUGUUCAUCACCUUUGACGGCAGUCGCAGCUACGCCAAAAUGUGAAACUCUUGUAAUCGGAGGAGAACGUGGUUUCGUUAAAGUUAGUCAUUGUGAUCCGAAGUUCAACUCAAGCAUUUCAUUUCCAUCUCAUAGGCAAAAUGAAACUAUCCUCAAUGAUGCAGAUGAACCUUACUCUACUUUGUUGUCUGAAUUUUCAAAGCCCCGGAAAAAGCAUCGUUUUAUGUUUAUGAAAAUGAAUGAAUGGCUGGAAGUUCCAGUGACCCGUUCGCGUCGUGCACCUAGAGAUUGGUUUUCAUCAGAUGAGUCUAACUUUGUUUCAAAGCCUCUUUUGCCGUUGAUUCAUCAGAAAACUGAAAUAUCACGCAGCAGUCGAGUGUUUUAUGCACAUACAUUGAAAAAUGCAUCUAAUCGUGUGGAUACACUAUUGAGACGUUUUAGUCAUUCUCGCGCACUUACUUUAGCUUUAACUUGUUGGUCAUGGAUGUGGAAGAUAAAGAGGAGAACAACCAAUCCUGACCCUGCGUGUUGCCUGAACAUGACGGUUGCUGUCAUACGUGAAUUAUUAAGAAGAGACACGCUGGCAGCAGCAGUUGCAGGAAGAGAUAAUCGGCAAGUGGAAUAUAUCUUCAGAUUUAUAUACAAUAAUAUUUGGAAUAAAAAUGCAACCCCAGUGUGUUUGGAAUUAUAUCACUGUAUACUAAGUAAGCGGUUUUUGUUGUUGGUAGUUGAAUUUAAUGAUCUUUGUUUGUAUUUAUAUUGUUUUCACUCCUUUUGCAAGAGAUUACUAACAAACUGGAAACUAUAGUCAUUUAGAUGUGGCUCAUUGUCUUGAGCAUCCAACUUCCAGGUAAUGGUCCACCACUUAUUUUGUUUUGAACAACCGAUAAGUAUCGUAGGCCCUCACAUAAGUGUGGCUUAUAUUUUAGUACACAUACCUCCGUCGGUUGAGAUGUAGUAGUAGUGAUAAUUUAAUUUAUACCUUAAUUCAGACAGAUAAAGGUAAACAACAUGAAGGCUGGUUUAUAUUUCUUCGCUUUAACAAGUAAUUAAAGUGCACCACCAUAAGGAAAUAUCACCUCACUUUAAUCGUGCGAAAUUCAUGUCGUAUUUACAACUGUUGACCACCGGCUGAUUUAAUUUGAUUUCAGUAAAUUGUAUGUUUUUUGCACAGUGAGAUGAAACUUUCUUAAAUUGAGAAAAAUAAUUUCGAAUAAUGAAAUCGCGUACUUCAGUAAAGUUGGAUUUAUGGUUUAAAGCAGUGCAGUCAUGUAGUAGCACACCCUCAUCUUGUCAAAACGCACUCCAGAAAAACCGUGAAGAUAGUUGUGUUCAUUUUUUCUAGAAUGACAAUGAAGACCUCAAUACUAAACCCUUAGAGAACUUAGUGAGACAAUAGGAAUUUUGUACUCCCAGCUCUAUUUUAUUUGUAUGCAAUGGCGAAAAAAGAGAACUACCUCUGAUAAAAACCUAGUAAGACACUGGUCACCCGAUGGGUGAGUACCUGAAGGUAGGCGUGUAGCUCAUUGGCUUAGCCAUAUGAAUUUCAGUCGGUGAAUCGCGAGUUCAAAUCCCUCCUCAUUUACCGAGGCUUGGGUAGCCAGAUAUUAUCAUUUCCCUUCACAAACAAUGUGACUCAUUUUCUGUUAAAAGAACAUAAACGUGUUUGGUGGCUGCAUUUCAUUUAGAUUUCAUUUCUUGCUGAAACAGCGGAUGAAAUCGAGUCGAAAUCGUAAUGCAUUCAGAAACCUUUUGCACAUUCGUGCAUUAGGCUAAUGAUACUACCUGGCUGCCGAAACUUUGGUAGGCGGAGUGGUGUUCGAACCCACAAUCCACUAGUUGAAAGUCAUCUUCCUAAACUAAUGAGCCACGAAACAGUAGAUGAUGCCUGUUUGGAUCUCAGUUCCGACGCCGUCUCAGAUACUUCUUGCUCAUCUCAAAGCGAGUUACUAUAACUGCACUAACUUUGAGGUUGCAGAUUUUUGUCAUUUUGCACCUUUCGGAAUGCCAAGUUACCAACAGUAGUUUACAAAGCUUGGUACGUAUUAGUUUUCAUGUUUAGAUGACAGUUCCAUCCUUUCAGUAUUACUUAUUCUUAUGGUACUUACGCAUUAAAUUCUGAGUGUUAAUUUUGAGUCUAAGGUGGGGAUGAAUACUUCGUUAAAUCUCUGCAAGUUUUGCAGCAUGUAGUUUUUGAACUCAUACUUCACAGUUCCUCCUGUUAUUCUUGUAUUUGGGCUUUUCUCAACAGAUACGUACACAAGUGAAGAAUUGAUAAAGAUAAGUGGAUUUCCAAAAGUGAAUAGAUUACUGGAACUCACAGCAUCCAACUUUUUCACCUUAAGGAGGAUAGUGGAUACAAUCACAAAUCAAUUCCACCAUCCAGGUCCAUCUAAAGAUGGACACUUCGCAGAAGAAGUUCCUGGUUGUUCUCCUCCUGAUAUUAGAAAGCCAUCAGAAUGUAAAGAAGUUACUCUGGCCAAAAAACGCAGAAAGACUGAAGUUGAGUAAUUUUCUCAUUGUACAGUAAAGAUAAACUUCGUUUUGUAUAAUUUCACUUGACCAAAGAGUCAAUAAAAUGUCAUAGCUAAAAAACAUGGAAAAUUUUAACUUUUCUGUGUUAUGCGGUAGAAAUAAAAAAAUUUAAUUGUACUUCUACUUGGGUAA